AUGUGGGGGACCCGCCUCAGGCUCCUGGUCUGUGCCCUGUGCAGCGCCUGCAGCCCCAGCAUCACCAGAGCCUACCCUGAUGCCUCCCCACUGCUGGGCUCCAGCUGGGGUGGCCUGACCCACCUGUACACGGCCACAGCCAGAAACAGCUACCACCUGCAGAUCCACAGGGAUGGCCGUGUGGAUGGCACACCCCACCAGACCAUCUACAGUGCGCUGUUGAUCAGCUCAGAGGAUGCAGGCUUCGUGGUGAUAACUGGUGUGAUGAGCCGGAGGUUCCUCUGCAUGGAUCUCAGAGGCAACGUUUUUGGAUCACACUACUUCAGCCCCGAGAGCUGCCGGUUCCGCCAGCACACGCUGGAGAACGGGUACGACGUGUACCUGUCCCCGGAGCGACACCUGCUGCUCAGCCUGGGCCGGGCCAAGCGGGCCUUCCAGCCGGGCACCAACCCGCCGCCCUACUCGCAGUUCCUGUCGCGGAGGAACGAGAUCCCGCUGCUGCACUUCAGCACCCCGCGGCCGCGCCGCCACACGCGCAGCGCCGAGGCCCACGCGGAGCGCGACCCGCUCAACGUGCUCAAGCCGCGGCCGCGCGCCACCCCCGCGCCCGCGUCCUGCUCGCACGAGCUCCCGAGCGCCGAGGACGGCGGCCCGCACGCCAGCGACCCGCUCGGGGUGCUGCGGGGCGGCCGGCAGAGCGCGCACGCCGCGGGCAUGGGCGCCGAUCGGUGCCGCCCCCUGCCCCUGCUCAUCUAG